CAUGGGCUGUGUGAUUGGCUCGGAGGCACGUGACGAUGUACGGAAGUAUUUGAGGUCUGUGCUGUGUGCAUGGUUGAAUCCCUAAUCCAAAAUAUGGAGCAAACUAAUGACGGGGGCUUGGCCCAGGUCCGGCAUGUUGUGUUGGUCCUUUCAGGGAAAGGAGGUGUGGGCAAGAGCACCAUCACCACAGAGUUAGCGCUGGCUUUCAGGCAUGCUGGCAAGAAGGUUGGCAUCCUGGACGUGGACCUGUGUGGGCCCAGUAUCCCCCGCAUGCUGAGCAUCGGGCGGCCUGACGUACACCAGUGUGAUGCAGGGUGGGUGCCUGUCUACGCCGAUGCCCAGAAGAGCCUCGCCCUGAUGUCCAUCGGCUUCCUGCUGGAGGACCCAGAUGAAGCAGUGGUGUGGAGGGGGCCCAAGAAAAGUGCUAUGAUUGGCCAGUUUGUGUCGGAUGUAGCGUGGGGGGAACUGGAUGUGUUGCUGGUGGACACGCCGCCAGGGACGUCUGACGAGCAUUUGGCAGUACUGGAGAACCUUAAAAAACACAGAGUUGAUGGAGCCAUUUUGGUCACCACACCUCAGGCAGUAUCCACAGGGGAUGUGAGGAGGGAGAUCACCUUCUGUAAGAAGACAGGUGUACGGGUCCUGGGGAUCGUAGAGAACAUGAGUGGCUUUGUUUGUCCACACUGCUCGGAGUGCAGCAAUAUAUUCUCAAAAGGUGGCGGUGAAGACUUAGCCAAGCUGACUGGCUCAGUAUUCCUAGGUUCUGUGCCCUUGGAUCCUCUGCUCAGCUCCAGUAUAGAGGAGGGCAAAGACUUCAUGCAGUCAUUUCCCAACAGUGCCACCUUCAGUGCCAUCAACAGUAUAUCUCAGGCUCUGCUUAGCAGCCUCCAAAAUGAUUGAGACAUGAUUUUAUUUGCUCCAAAUUCUGGAUUAUGUUCAGAUUUUUAGCACAUAUGCUCUGUCUGAAGUACAGUAUGAUGCAGAAAUAUUAGUCUUUGUGCAGAUGUAAUGAUUUCUAUGUUGCAUUUUUGUACAGUUAAACAUUAUAUAAAACAA